UUGGCGUGUUUCUUGAAAGAAACGAUGGAGUUUGGCUCUUAUAAUGUAGACAACCUGGCAUGUUUUCUGCAUUUACGCGCGCAUGGGAACUACAGCAUGGGUCUGAGCAUAAACUAUGGAACCCUGUUUGGCCACUAUUUACAUUUUAUACAUUUUCAAACAUUAUUCAGCUCGUGAGAAAAGAAAACCCACCAUCUCAGAUGGCCAUGUUACGUCGGCUUCGGUGCACCCAAGUGUCACUGCUUAUUUUCGGAUUAUUGACAUCACAUUUGUAUAACGCAAUCGCCUCCAACGAUAGCAAAUACAAACUUCCGAGAGCUCCUUCUGACGUCAUCAAAAUCGGGGUCAUUCUCCCGAGCACCGGAAGCACGCCAUGGAUCCUUCCCUACACCCUCCCCGCCAUCCACAUCGCCGUGGAUUACCUCCAACACAGGACCGAGAUCUUCGGGAACCGGCGAGUCAAGCUGAACGUGGCGGACUCCGAAUGCUCGUAUAUCACUGGUCCGUUAGCUGCUGUAGACAUGUACGUCAACCAAUCGGUGAACGUGUUUCUGGGCCCCGCUUGCGAGUAUGUUGUGGCCCCCGUAGCGAGGUUUUCGCCCCAUUGGGGAAUCCCCAUUCUGACGGCAGGGGCUUUGGUCAGCGCCUUUGGGAACAAGCAGGAGUAUGGGCUCUUGACAAGGGUGCAGGGAACGUACUCAAAAUACAGCGAGGCCCUCAUGCACGUAUUCAACCAGUUCCGCUGGUCCAAUGUGGCACUCCUGUACCACAACGUGAACGCUCCCAACUCCGAGAAGAAAUCCUGCUUCUUCUGCAUCGAGGCUAUGUUCCGCGCUCUGCGCGCCAAGAUAAACCGGAAGCCGUUCAACAGGGACUUUGAUGAGCACCGCAUCAGCGAGCAGAGGAGGGAGGAUAUUGUGGUGGAGGCUUCGAGACACGCGAGGA